AUGGUGCCUACCAGCUCUCCUGAAGAGUUUAACAGGAGCACUGGGGCCAACAUGAAAAGUGAGGGAGAAACCAAACAAGUAGAUGAUGAUGAUGAUGAACUGAUCUUGGUUGGAGUGGAACACGUAAAUGAAGAUGCUGAUGUGAUCUUUGUUGGGAUGACCUCAAAUUCAAAACCAGUCCUUUCAAACAUACUGAAAAGAGUUACCCCAGAUUCUUGUUCAAGGAGAAAAAGGGGUCACUUCAGGAAAGAUAACACUCACAAAUUACAGCCUGUUAGUCAUGUGAAUCCUACAUCAGAAGCAAAGUCUGUCUUGCCAGUUUCUGACUCUGAAUCAAGAUCAACAGCUAAUCCUAUUAUUAUUGACCCUUUGUCUGAAGCUGAUUAUAAAAAUAUUUCACCACAAAUAGUGCCCAAUAGCUUUUCUGAGUUAUGUUCUCCUUUGAUUACCUUCACAAAUUCGUUUCAGCAUCCAGUAGAAACAGUUUCUGCAAGAGAUAUGAAUAAAAGUAUUUUUCAUACAGUGACUACUCAGCAAAGGACACCAGACACAAAAACUGACUUUCCAAGUUUAGCAAGUCAAAACAAGAUUGUUGAUCCCACAGAAGAAAAUCUGAUUGUGUUACUUUGUGACUUCUACUAUGGACAGCAUAUAGGAGAUGGGCAGCCAGAACUGAAGACCCACACAGCCUUUAAAUGCCUCAGCUGCUUGAAAGUUCUAAAAAAUGUCAAGUUUAUGAAUCACAUGAAGCACCAUUUGGAACUUGAGAGGCAGAGAAGUGACAGCUGGAAAAACCACACCACCUGCCAGCACUGCCUCCGCCAGUUUCCUACUCCCUUCCAGCUGCAGUGUCACACUGAAAGUGUCCACACUCGCCAGGGGCCCUCCGCAGUCUGUCAAAUCUGUGAGUUGUCCCUUGAGACAGAUCAGUUUCUCUUACAGCACAUGAAAGACAAUCAUAAGCAUGGUGAAAUGCCCUAUGUAUGCCAGGUUUGCAGUUACAGAUCAUCAUUUUUUGCAGAUGUGGGUGCACAUUUCAGAGCAUACCAUGGUACCACUAAGAAUUUGCUUUACCCGUUUUGUCUCAAAAUUUUUAAAACUGCAGCACCAUACAGAUGUCAUUAUAGAGGGCACUGGGAAAAGAGUUUUCACCAGUGUUCCAAAUGUCGACUACAGUUUUUAACUUUCAAAGAGAAAAGGGAGCACAAGACCCAGUGUCAUCAAAUGUUUAAGAUUGUUAUUCAGAUAUCACUGGAUCCCCUUCAACCAGGAUUGGUGGAAGUAGCAUCCAUUACUGUGAACACAUCUGAUUCCGAACAAUCACCCCCCACCCACCCCAAAUCUAAA